AUGGGCGGUUUGAGGAACAAGCUUUUCUGCUGCGGGUGGGUUCCCCAGGCCCACAGAGAGGAACUCAACCACGUGCUGAGGAUGACAGGCCCUCUGCUUCUCUCUCGAAUCCUCAAUUACCUCCUUCCAUUUGUGGUCACCAUGUUCUGUGGGCGUCUGGGAAAUGAAGUGAUGGCUGGCUACGGGCUAGCCUCGGCUACUAUUAAUAUCACCUCUGUAGCAACAGGAUAUGGACUGGGCUUGACAUGUGAUACAUUGGUCUCUCAGACAUUUGGUGGAAAGAACCUGCUGCGGGUGGGGGUGAUCCUUCAGCGGGGCAUCAUCAUCCUGCUGCUGUUCUGUCUGCCCUGCUGGGGUCUGCUGCUCAACGCCCAGCCCAUCCUGUUAUGUGUGGGCCAGGACCCGGAGGUGGCCAGAAUAGCCCAGCUGUAUAUCACAGCCUUCCUCCCUGCUGUACCUGCAAUGUUCCUGCAUCAUCUUCAGGUUUCUUACCUCCAGAACCAGGGUAUAAUAUUGCCGCAAAUGUACGCUGCUGCUCUGGCAAACAUAGCAAACGUGCUGACAAACUACAUCUUUCUUCACUGGCUGGAUCUGGAGGUUGGCGGAUCUGCUGCAGCCAACACACUCUCUCAGAUUUACAUCUGUGUGUUUCUGUUUGCUUACAUCCGGUGGAAGAAGCUGCAUGUGAACACAUGGGGAGGCUGGUCUGUGGAAUCACUGCAGGAAUGGGGCUCCUUUAUGAAACUGGCCAUUCCCAGUACACUCAUGAAGUGCUUCGAGUGGUGGGUUUAUGACCUGGGGGGAUUCUUUGCAGGAAUGCUGGGUGAAGAUGAGCUGGCAGCGCAACAUGUUGUGAUAAUGGUGUCAUUCAUAACCUACAUGUGCCCUCUGGGUAUUCAAGCUGCAGCAUGUGCCCGUGUGGGUAACGCUCUCGGUGCGGGAGACAGUGCCAGGGCAAUUCUUACCAGCAAGGUUUCCCUCACUCUUGCAGGCAGCAUCGCAGUGGUCGAGGGUCUGGUGCUUUUCUCCACUAAAUCCGUGAUUGGCUUCAUCUUCACCUCUGAUGAGAAGAUCAUAAAUCUGGUCUCCUACUUGAUGAACGCGUACUGUUUCCUUCAGUUCUUCGAUGGUCUGGUGUGUGUGUGCACCGGCAUCUUCCUGGGCGCGGGCAAACAGAAGAUACCAGCUGUGGCUAAUCUCAUUGGAUACUACUGUAUAGGCCUUUUACUUGGUGUUACUCUAAUGUUCGUUGCAAAGCUGGGAGUUCUGGGGUUUUGGCUGGGGCUGCUUGUCUGUGUCAUUUUACAAUCCACCUUCUACAUCACUGUCAUCUUCAAGCUGAACUGGGAGAAGAUUACCGAGGAGACGGUGAUUCGAGCUCAGAAAAACACUCACAUGACGUUGUUAAGGGCAACAGCUGAUGUAGACGCAGCGGUUGACAACACAACAAGUAAUGACAAUCCUGUGCAUGGUGACACGAGAGCCGGGGGGCGUGACGGGAGCAGUGAGACACACGGGGGCCAUGUGGGGCCGCAGCAGAACAGAGGUGGUCUCUCCACCACCCAGCUGCUGCUCAGACGAGGCCUCACUGUGCUGGCGGCAGUCGGGCUUCUGGCGGUGGGAGCGAGUGUGCACCUCCUCGUGCCCUUACCAGAGACCCCAUCCUCAAAGAGCAAUGAAACAACGGACUGGAUCAAUACUACGUACUCUCCCCAUCAAAUCUUCUCCACCGUGUUGCUCCCAAAUGAAGAGUCAGACAGACCUUGA